CCCCUUUCUUUCGCCCGCUUUCUCUCUUUCUGUUGUUUUUUUACCUCCAGUCUCCAUUGGAUAUCCGGCGGACUUGCUCCUCAGUGUGUUUUCAAUGACGGAAGUUCCCGAGGUAGCUCGUCGCUUCGGUUGUGUUUGGGUGACCUAGAAGUCGUGCCGGAGCAGGAUUUUUCUUUCCCACACCGCGCACCGAAAGGCUUGAGAAGAAGAGAGGAGAGACUCUUGCGUCGCUUACGCAACGACGCAGCGCUGUGAUUCUUUUCUUUUUAUUAUUCCAAUACAGCGGAUUUCGUGCUACCGCCGUGAGCAGCAGCGAGCAAGUGGCCGCCAUGACCUCCGACUUGGUCAGUCCCAGGGCUUAAACAACAUUGAGGAAACCGCUGUGGGUGAUGGUGGCGGGAGCUUUCGUCAUCCGCUACGACGGACGGUGCAGUUUGACCAGGAUGCUGAUUUGAACGUGCUGGCCUGACCUCGUGGCCAGUUUCCACCAUCACUAGGAUCGCACUAGGCGUUCAUGCCACCGUGACGCCGGACAAGUCCGGUGCUGCUCUCUUCCCCCCCGGAAAGGCGGUUGGCACGUGCCGGCGGCGCCAUGGCACUCAACAUGGGGAUCCUGCCGCACUUGCUCGGGGCGGCGGCCGCCGCAAAUAACAACAACAACAACAACCCGAACAACCUGAACAACGUCCCACCGUCUCGGAACGUGGCCGGAAGCAGCAGUUCAAGCAGCCCGAUGAACAGUGUGCGAGACCGGCUCUUCCAUGCGCUCUUCGUGCGAGUGGCGCUUGCCUACGCCACUGCUGUGCCGCCGUGGGUCCGGACGCUGCUCGAGUACGUCACCCUGGUCAAGGCGCUGGUGUCCUUCUUCGUGCUGGCCUACAUCCAUGCGGCCUUCAUCCGGACUCCCAUCAGCUGCCUGGACCACAUGUCCCAGCAGUGGCCCCAAGACGGCAUCUUGCGCGUCGAGAUCCUCAGGGACUCCUCGUCGUCGCAGGAGCCGUACACGCUCGAGCAGUCCUACCUCAAAGAGCAGCGACUGCUACGGAUGGGCCAGGCACCCACACUCCCCGAGGUGCCCCCCGACAAACCCGUCAAGCAGGAGAGUGAGAUGGACAAAACCGUGACGACGACGGAACCAGCAGCCAGAAAGCCCGACCCAGCAAACGCGGGGCUGGUGAAGGUGAUCCCGACGAACGGCACUGCGAUCGACCCAGAUCCCACGAACGUGACGCCGACGAACCCGGGUCCAACGAAGAGGCUUCUGGCAAACUCGUAUCCAACAAACGCGCUUCCUAUGAACUUGGGGUCGACGAACGAGUGGAAGACGAAACGUGCGCCGACGGACGGCGGGCCGGCGGACAAAGCGGAGGCGCCGCCCCUGCUCGGGACGCGCGUUCGCGGUGCCGCGGGUCCCGACGGCGAGUUUGUCUACUACGAAUUGGCACCCAACGGAAGUGUGGAGGCCUCUCUACCCACGGACGGUAAUGGGUACCCACAGCCCUUGCAGGAAACGGUUUCAGAGUUUGAAAUGCUCGCGCGCGCAGUGUGGCCUCAGGACGAGUACAUUGUGGAGUAUGCCCUGGAGUACGGGCUGCUGCGGCUGAGCCAUGCGACCAGGCACAAGCUCAACAUCUCCGUCAAGAUCGUGACCCUGGACCCGUCUGAAGACGGCUGCUUUGGAGAUUGGUUCAGCCGGCUCCUCCUCGACAACUUCCUCGGCUACGACGACGUGCUGAUGGCGAGCCUCAAGAACCUGGCGGAGAAAGAGGACAACAAAGGUUACGUGCGCAACGUCGUGACCGGAGAGCACUACCGCUUCAUCAGCAUGUGGACAAGUCGCUCGUCGUACAUUGCAGCCGCCUUCAUCAUGGUCGUCUUUACAUUGUCCAUCUCGAUGCUGCUGCGCUAUUCACAUCACCAGAUAUUCGUCUUCAUCGUGGAGCUCCUACACAUGCUGGAGUUCAACUCGACCAUCAAUUUCCCGGCGGGUCCCCUGCUCACGGUCAUCCUGGCUCUAGUCGGCAUGGAGACCAUCAUGUCGGAGUUCUUCAACGACACCACGACGGCCUUCUACAUCAUCCUCAUCGUGUGGGUGGCCGACCAGUACGACGCCAUCUGCUGCCACACCGCCAUCACCAAGCGGCACUGGCUCAGGUUCUUCUACCUGUACCACUUUGCCUUCUACGCGUACGACUACCGCUUCAACGGACAGUACAGUGGACUGGCCCUGCUGACUUCAUGGUUCUUCAUUCAACAUUCCAUGAUAUAUUUCUUCCACCACUACGAGCUCCCGUCGAUCCUCCAGCGGUCGGGGCUGGGCUCCCAAGAACAGCCCCGCUCCUCGGAGGAGGUUGGCUCGGAGCAGCAGCAGACGGCGGCCCAGGCCCAGCAGUCAGCCUCAGCCAUGAACCAGCGGUCUUUUCACCAGCAGACCGUCCGGCUGAACGCGGGGGGCCAGAGCAUCACGCUUCAGACCACCACGGCUGACGUGCCGCGGGUGGCCUUCAUCCGUACCGUCUAUAUCGGAAACCUCCUCAGCGCUACGGCGACGCUGAGCACUACCGUUGUUCAGCAACAGAGUCAGAGUCAGCCUGCUGAGACGGCGGAGGAAGCCAGCGGCGUUCAGCCUUCGCCCGAGCCAGACUCCUGCACGAGUCUCCAAGAACAAGAGUCGAGUACUGUUGUCCAGGACGCUGAAGUCAUCGGAGUCGACUCGUCGGCGGACAAAGACGAAGUGUCUGGCACGCCACUGCAAGACACUGAGGUCAUCGGGACGUCUCUCUCCGAGGUCAAGGAGCGAUUGUCCGCACCACCGGUCCAGGACGGUGGUGGGGUCAUCGGGGCAGAGGCAUCGGAUGGAAAGGACGAGGCACACAAGCCGAGGAGCGUGCGAUGCGAUGUGUCCAGGAUGGAGAAGUCUUCGGCGGACGGGGAGGACAUCCGGCUACUGAGGGCUGUUCAAGACUCCGACAGGGAUGCCGGCGAAGAGUCAGUCGCCGCGGCAGACUGUUCGGGAAACUGGCCGGAGGGUCAGAAGGAGAGGACGGACUUUGUUGUGUCUUCCGGUGACUCGACGGCCGAGGCCGCGUCCCGAGCCAAGACGAGUGAGAGUCAGAGUGGAGCUUCGGGUCAUCGAGUUUAGUCAGGUGUUGCGAUAAGCCGGACCUCUUUUGGAGGUGCAACCCCCACUCCUCCCCCCCCCCCCCCCCCCCCCCCGCCGACUGACUACCUUGGGGUUGGGGUGUUUUUUUUUUUUUUUCUUUGCUGGGGUGCAUAAUUUUCUGCUCGUCCCUCGCAGCACUUGGAUACAGCGAUGGACUGUCUUCGCAGCUUUUCUGAAACUGUGUUGUGGGAAGAAAAAAAAAGUGUCUUAAGAUUUCAGACGCCUCAGUGGGUCUCAAUUUGAGGAGGCAGUUUUUCUCCUGCCAACUCCAGUCGUGUGCACGGGAGGAGGAUUUGUUUUUGGGAGGAUUUAUUUAUUGAUGCGAGAUCACAUCGGACCGUGUUUAUUGGGGUGGUUAAGUUUGGCUCUCAGUAGGCCUUUUAGGGAGGGCCGCGCGCUCCUUUGUCGUUUCUUUUAAUUUCUUUUAUUUUUUUUUGUAGUGGCGUGUUUGAAAAGUCGUUGCGACAAUGUCAUGAGUGCCUGGUGGGUGGACGCUGACGAAAAGCCUCGUCGUAUUUAUGUGAAGGUUGGUCUUUGAAACGUCGAGACGGUGGUUGCUUGCGCAGCAGGAGCCUGUCUCCUUCUUCCUUGUUUUCCCCUCAGUGUUUCACUGAGCGGCGAGUAUUUGCCGUGGUCGACCUCUUAGUUGAAUAAAGACUGUUCAGAAGUGUU